GAAACGCGCGCCAGCGCCAUAUUGUUGUGACCGUGCCGCGACUGUGAACGCGUCUCUCAGUGUUAUUUGUUACGUGAUUACUGUCGCUCGUAUUGUUUUGUGAAUGGAAUAUAAGUGUUCAUAAACUGUUACCAAAGUGACCUACGAUGCAAUCAGGGAGUGGUACGAAAAAUCCACCAUGGGCUCGAUCCAACGUGAAUACAAACAUGACCGGCAUGAAUCCUCAAAUAAUGGAUCCUAACACCAUGAUGACUCAACAAGGGAUGAUGCCAUUUCAACAAACACAGGCGGUGUUUAAUCCUGGAAUGAUGCAAGCCCAAGGAGGAAUGGCUAUGCCCAUGGCCGGUCAGAUGCCGAUGAAUCAGAUGGCCCAAGGUCAAAUGUAUCCCGGUAAUGUCGUCGCGUAUCCUACUCCACGUGCGAUGAACCCUGGCAUGUAUCAAAACUCGCAAUCUAACUCGUCUCAACCAAACAGUGAACAGCGUGUGUUCACAGGAACUGUGACAAAGACACACAAUGACUUCGGAUUCGUCGACCAUGAUGUGUUUUACCAGACAUCGGUCUGCGCUAAAGGUAUCAUUCCAAAAGUAAACGACAGAGUAUUGGUAGAAGCUACCUACAACCCUAACAUGCCUUUCAAAUGGAAUGCUACCCGUGUACAAGUUUUGCCCAAAGGAGGGCCCAAUCCAAAGGGAAACAAUCCAAAAUCUAAUUCAUAUAAUGCAGUGCCGCCACCUUCAAACAAAAAGCAGCCGCCACCUCGCCGAAAUAAUGAUGAUCGGCCACCUAGAAGGGAAGAAAGAAAGCGAUCUCGCUCAAGAAGUCGUUCCCGAUCAAGGAUAAGCGGCCGUAACCGCAGAGAUUCUCCUCCUCGCAAGAGGCCUGUAGUUCACCAACCAUCGCCUGUCAAAUACAUCGUCAGAGUUCCUCGCAUACCUCUGGAUAUCCAAAAGAUGGAUGUACCUGGACUUUCUCAAAGAUACACCAAUUUGUACAUCCCUUCUGACUUCUUCAAUGCUCACGUCAAGUGGGGAGAAACUUUCCCUCCCCAAACACCAUUUUCAUUGAACAACCCUUGUGGAUACCACAUCAUGAGCAGAGAAAUUGAUAACCCCAACCCGAAUGACUCCGUGUUGGAGCCUCCAGAUGCAGAUUACAGGUUUUCAGCAAAGGUUAUGUUGAUUAGUAUGCCUACGUUAGAAUCCCUCUAUCAAAAGUGCGGAUUAACCAAAACUGAUGACAAAGAUAAGCGUCUUAGUAAAUCACCAUUACAUCCAACAAGACUGAUCAAAUUCUUAGUUGGGCAGAAAGGAAAAGGUGGAGAAAACUUCGCAAUCGGAGGGCCGUGGAGUCCUUCCUUAGAUGGUGAAAACCCACAAACUAACCCAAAGGUUUUGGUGAAAACAGCAAUACGUACAUGUAAAGCCCUAACGGGCAUCGAUUUAUCCUCCUGUACCCAAUGGUACCGAAUGGUGGAGUUUUACUACUGGCGCGAGGGCAGCGGCGGCAAGUCGCGGCUCGAGUGUGUGGUGUUGUUCCUGCCAGACGUGUGGUCUGCGCAGCCGUCGCGUAUCGAGUGGAGCAACGUUCAGGAGCAGUAUAAAGCUGCCUGCGACCACGCCUUAAGGAAACUCGACGGCGAGCCGGACUCCGGAGCGCAGCCCGACGCGCCCGCGGCGGCCACGGCGACGGCGGCGGACCCGGCGCCGGCGGAGAAAUCACAAAUUGAGACCUCUGAUCUCAACGAUAGCACGAUAACGAUUGAUGAGAAUGAUGAUGAGGAAGGAAAACCUGAGCCGACGCAUUAUUCAAAGAUUGAUAUCAGAACGAUCAAAGUAGACCAAUUGAGACAAGAAUUGCGGGCGCGAAAUACUAGCUGCAAAGGAUUGCGUGCACAGUUGGUGUCUCGAUUGUCGAAACUUUUGAAAGCUGAGGAAGACAAAGAGUCCAAAGGUGAAGAGGAAUCCAUGGAACUGGAUGAAGACAAUGAACAAGGCAAGGAAAAGAAAUCUGAUGAUGUAGAGGGAAAAGACGAGAAAGAGCCUGAAGUAACAGAACAGAAGAAUGAAGGUGACAAAGAUGAACAGAAAAAGGAUGAGGAAAAGCCAGAAGAAAAGGCAGAGGAGCCUAAAAAAGAGAAGACCGAAAAAGAAUUGGAAGAAGAAAAGAGAAAGUUGGAGAAAGAAAAGCAACAGAUGAAGACCCGCUACGAACUCCCCACGAGUCCCCACAUCAUUGUGCAUCCCUCAAACUCGGCGAAGGGCGGCAAAUUCAACUGCAGUGUUGCCACUCUCUCCCUUUUGUUGGACUACAGGGUCACAGACAACAAAGAGCACAGCUUUGAGCUGUUUGUGUUCGCCGAGUUAUUCAACGAGAUGCUGAUGCGCGAUUUCGGCUUCUACAUUUACAAAACACUGUACACUCUCCCUGAAAAACCAGAAGAAGUGAAAGAAGUGGUUGAGAAAACCGCUGAAAAGAGCGAUAAGAAAGAUGACAAGAAAGAGACAGAGAAGAAAGAUGAUAAGAAAGACGAUAAGGAAAAGGACAAGGCUGACAAACGGGAUGAGAGGCGCGAUUCCCGCCGUCGUGGUGACAGGAGGGAGUCCCACAGCGAUGAUGAGCGCAGCAAUUCCCCGCGUCGUCGCAGCCGUGGCGUGGAACUACCGGCCGACCCCUACCUACUGCUGUCUCUGGUCUACUUCGACACGUCACGAGGCGGCAACGUCUCAAAGAAAGACCUGCAGAACCUCUUCAUGAGCCUCGGACUCUCGCUGUCGAGGUCUCAGAUCAGGGCUGUGCUUGAGAAAGUGUGCAUCAAGGAUAACUUCAGCUACAAGACUCUGAUUCAAGCCAUCAAAGACCUAGCUUCAGGCACGCCAGAGGCGAUUCAAGACUUGCCGUUGGACACCACGGUUGCGACUACCGAAGUACCGCCUCAUAUUGCUGAAUUAGAAGCAACAAUUGCAACAGGAAACCGCAACUUAUUGCCUGUAUUCAACCGGCCGAGCGACGAAGAAGGACGUUCCGGUGAAACUCAAGACGUUAGCGACACUGGAGUGGUGAUGUACAAGUCUCGCAUCGUGGACGUGGGCGCUUUAGUAGCGGCCGAGGCCCGCGGAUCGGCCACGCGAGCCCGCCUCGAGUCAGCUUUAGAGAGCGCUCGCGCCGCACUUAGGGCCGCCCGCGCCGCCGCCGCCUCUACGCAGCAGGCGGAACGGGGAGCUAAGACGCAGCUGUCUGACCUGUCACAUAACCUGGCGGCUGCGCGCGCAAGGAUUGCGUCGCUCACGGCAAGCUCCAAAAUAUUCCACUCCGCAUUGAAGAGUAUCCAGUCCAAAGUCGAAGCUGUGGUCAACAUCAAAUACGAAGACGAUGACGUCGUGGAAAUCGUCAACGGCCCUACAAAAUCGGAUGCAGAAACAAAGAAGGAGAAAGUUGAUGAUAAAUCCGACAUUUCAAAAAAAGAGGAAGACAAAAGUGAUUGUGAAGAGGUCACAGUGACAGAGGAAGAAAAAGAUAAAGAAGGUGACGACACCACUGCAACGGGCAUGGACCUUGAUGACAAAGAAUAAACUCUUGCAUCAAGAUAAACAACAAUUAGUUAUUCUUAUACUUAUAGCAUUCAGAAGAAGCAGGAGCUUCUGAUAAGGACACUAAAUUAAAGCUGUAAAUACAAACUUGACUCAGAACACAAUUUAAUAUUUGAGAUAAUGAGUGCAGUGAAUCUUGUUCAUUAAGUAUAAGGUACUUAGAUUAUUUGCAUUUUUCAUUGAAUCAUUACAAUCAUUGUUUGAUAAAGUUUGGAGAACCAAGUGACAUGUUUUUGAUGGAGUCUUCAAUUAACUUAGAAGUUAUUUAUCCGAGAGGAUAACGCAAUAAUGAUUGAUUUAUUUUGGGGUUACAGGUGAUCCUUUGACACAAAUUUAUUGUGUCACCAUUAUUUUAAUU